GGGGUUCUCUGAUAGUCGCCUCUUGAUGACGUAAGCGCAACAUGUGUGAGUGCUAGGAACGAUGGCUAGCAACAUAUCACAACAGCUCGAGGAUUUAUUAAAUCCUUUGCCAAAGUUCACAGAUCCAGAAGAUGAUCCGGAUGAAGAGACGAAAGCCAAGGUGGUAGAGGCGUUUGAUGAAGGUGAUGAUGAAGAUGAGGUUGCCUUGAGUGGGCUGCGGAAGAAAGCUAUAACUCUACUGGAAGAGACAGACAAACGGUAUCUGGGGAAGGCAACGUCUCGUAAGGACCUGCUGAAGGAGACUGGGCUUUAUGAGGGAUCUGGAGAGGAUGAUGACGACAAGGAUUAUGAUGAUGAAAAUGAGGAGGAGGAGGAGGAGGAUGGAGACGAAGAGGACGAUAUAGAUGAUGAUGAUGAUGAUGAUGAUGAUGAUGAAGACAUUGGGAAUGGCAUUGCUAAAAUGAAAACAUUGGUAUCCCAGCUGAAGGAGACUGGAAUCACACUUCCCUCAGAGACAGACUUCCAUAAGCUAACUGAGGGGAUGGAUGACCUUGGAGAGAGCCAAGAGGAGGAGGAUGAUGAUGAUGAAAGUGAUGAUGAGGAUGGAAAGACAGAAGAAGAUGAAGAUGGGGAAAGUGAGGAGGAAGACAUGGAGGAGGAAGCAGAUGAUGUUGGAGCUCUGUUAACAUUCUCUAAAGACAAAGUAGAUGAAGAGGUCGAGAAAGGGAAAUCAGUGAAAAAUCAGCUUGCUCUUUGGGACCAGCUGCUCGAGGGGCGAAUUAAACUGCAGAAAGCUCUUCUGACAGCCAAUAAGCUGCCACAACCACAGACCUUCCCAGAGUUUAAGAACAGGGGUGGAGCAGAGUUUGUUGGAGCGUUGAAGAACAGUCACAAAGCCCUAAAGGCUCUCCAGAGGUCUCUGUUGGAGCUGCAAGACCAGCUGCUCCAUCAGAACCCAGACACCAGGCCCAUUUCCCUGGGCAAAACCUGGGGAGCCCACAGUGAAGAGGACGAGGAGAUUGACAGUGAUGAGGAAGACGAAACGAAGGAAGCGACGGAACCGGCUGUGGAGGCGGGUCCUCCCAAACGGAAGCUGGAGAUGGCCGAGUACCCGGACCUCAUGGCCAAGCGCUUCGCCGCCUUCCAGCCGUAUCGCGAUGCCACACUGCAGAAAUGGCACGACAAGACCAGGCUGACCAUGGGGAAGAGUAGCAAGGGUUUUGGGGCAUUUGACAGAAAUGUCCUCACCCAGGUGGAACAGGUGCUGAUGGACAAGGAGAGGCUUGUUAAACGCACGCAGACCAGACGCUCGGAGUUCAGAGUCCUGGGGAAGCCGGAGGCCGCAGCCCCGGUACCUGAGAGCACCACGGCAGAGGAACAGGGGACGGAGCAGCUGCUGAAAGCCAACAGUCAUCUGAAAGACCUGGACGAGGAGAUCUUCGACGACGACGAUUUCUAUCAUCAGCUUCUGCGAGAGCUUAUCGAACGCAAGACGAUUGCUGCAGACCCCAACGAUCAAGUGGCUAUGGGCAGACAAUGGCUGGCCAUUCAGAAGCUCCGCAGUAAGAUCAAGAAGAGAGUGGACACUAAGGCCAGCAAAGGCCGCAAAGUCAGGUUCCACGUCCACAGUAAGCUGGUGAAUUUCAUGGCCCCCAUCGACCACAGCUCCAUGAAUGAUGAUGCACGAACUGAGUUGUAUCGCUCACUUUUCGGGAAGACUUCCUUUGCUGAAGGUGCGGUGCGGGAGUGAUGUGCCAUGAGCUAGCAGGAGAGAUGGACAACCCAGCCGAACAGUUGGCAGAACUGACAGAACCCAGCAAAACGGAUGUCAGAACCAAGGAAAUGAACACGCAUUCACCUGUUCUUCAGGUUAUAGCCUGCUGCUCUCUUAAAGCAUGUGGACAAUACCAGUCUAAAGGUUGGUUCAGCCUAGACUGGACCUGACUAGUUGUGUCUCUGAUUCAAGAGACACUUUUUCAUUUCAUUGAUGUUUUAGAUAGAAAUGUUUGACAGUAUCGAAAUCCUUUCUGCCAAAUUGUUUCUGUUAUUCCCUCUAGUCACUUUUUGUAUUUUUGGCGAUUUAAAUGCAUUUUAUUACAGUGGAAUUUAUUUUAACCUUUUUAAUGAAAAAAUAAAUACACUAACAAGCAGCCAUGCCAACCCUCACAUAAAGCAAUUUCUCAUAACUUUUUCCAAACAAUCCUGUUCUCUCCGCUCCAGUAGGGGUAGAGAAGGGCCUGAUGCUGCAGUUUGUCAGUGAUUAGCGCUGGAAUUAGCCAGCCUAGCGUGCCUCCACAAAUGAGCAAAGCCCUCUGGGAGACCGGAGAGACCAGGCAAGGCGCAUUUCCAAUUAUACCACCAAAUGAGUCAUUUUCUUAUUGGGCCUUCCAUAAUUGUGAUGGGUAUUGGGUGCAUGCAACUCAAUUUGUCUUACAUAUUUGUUGGUAGGACGGUAAUAGAGUUGACGGAGCCAAGGGGAUGAUAUGAAAGUGAGAGACAGGGAGGAAAAAACAAGGGACGAGUUGGAUCCCUCACUCUAUUUGUUUGAUCCGUUUCAUCCUUUAUAAGACUGUUGAAGUUUAAAAGCCUGAGAAAAGGAUGCCAUUUUGAUAAUCUUUGCGUUGAGCAUGAUAUAUCAUUUCAGAGUAAUCACAAGAUGCUUUAUCCCAAUGUACAGUAGUCUGUCACAUUGCAUUUUGUAGAAUUAUUUAGGAAUGUGAUGGUGUUGCUUUUUUAUACCAUGGUAAUAACAUUUAGGAAAGGGCUGAUAGUCAUCUCCAAAAUGUUUGGCACUUUUGAUGAGCAAAAAAAGCUGUAUAAAACUAACAACACAGGUAAUGUGCUACAGUCAUGAAAACGAUUGAAACCCUUGGAAAAAAAAGUAAACAGUGCAGGUAAUGAGUGAAAUUGUACAAUAUAUUCCUCAUUUUUGGAAAAUGACUAUUGAUUGAAGGGAAUCAACACAUUUCUCAACAUCUCAUUUGUCAAACCUUUUGGUAACUUUGUUAACAGUACUUCAUGCACCCUUCCCUCGCAAGGGUAACAACACUAAGACUUGUCCUAUACAGUCUUGGAAACCACAUGGAAGGGCUCUUAAACCAGAGUUUCUGAAACCCAGGUCUGCACCCAGACUCCGGUCCAUGGAGGAAUGGCUGCCAGUCCGAAGCAUAUCCCUCAUGAAAAAGUCCUACCGAGUUCAUGCCUUCAUAAAACCAUAUGUAUGCAAUUAACUAUUUAUAUCGGCUAUUUAGUGGUUGGCAUACACAGGGCUCUCUUAGUUCUUACAAAUUUGACUAUUACUAAUUAUUAAAAUGAUUUCAGUCAUGGAUGCAUUUCAAUCAUUACAAACUACAUGCCUAAAUGGAUUUUCCCCAAAUGUUUCCUGAAAUUGAUGUAUUUUUUUUUUUUUAACAAUUGAAUAUGCUUGGGUAGUAGAAAUUAUUCGCAUUGUAAUA